AGCGGCGCGGCCCAGCCGAGGCGCGGGGAUGGCCGGGGGGGCGCAGCCGGGAGCCCCCUCGCCGCGGCUGCCCAGGCUGGGGCUGGCCCUGGGCCUGCUGGCCGCCCUGGCCGCGGUGAAAUACUAUCGGGACGCCGAGGCGGCCCGGCGGCAGGAGAUGGCCUUGAAGUCUCUGGGGAACGAGGGGCUUUUUCUCUUCUCCUCUCUGGACACUAACAAUGAUCUGUACAUUAGCCCUGAGGAGUUCAAGCCAAUAGCAGAGAAAUUAACAGGUGUUACUCCUGUCUUUGAAUUUGAAGAGGAAGAGACACUGGAUCCCAGUGGGGAGACGCUAUCAAUUGUUGCUAAAUUCCAGCCCCUGGUCAUGGAAACAAUGACAAAGAGCAAAGAUGGUUUCCUAGGAAUUUCUCACAUUGCUCUGUCUGGCCUACGGAACUGGACAGCCCCAGCAGCCCCUAUGAGCAUGAUGUUUGCCAGGCAGUUCAAAGCCUUUCUUCCCCCAAAGAAUAAGAUAGAACUUGGUGAUCCCUGGUGGAUAAUCCCAAGCGAAUUAAACAUCUUCACCGGCUACCUUUCCAACAACCGGUUUUACCCUCCGGUCCCCAGGGGCAAAGAAAUCGUGAUCCACAAACUCUUGAGCAUGUUCCACCCUCGUCCAUUUGUAAAAACUCGCUUUGCCCCUCAGGGAGCUGUGGCCUGCAUCCAGGCAAUGAGUGAGUUCUACUAUAUCGUAGCGUUCAGGAUCCAUGCCGAGUUCCAGCUGAAUGAACCUCCAGACUUCCCUUUCUGGUUUUCCCCUGGCCAGUUCACAGGCCACAUCGUCCUCUCCAAGGAUUCCUCCCAUGUUCGAGAGUUCAAGCUCUUUGUCCCUAACAAGAGGUCUCUCAACGUUGACAUGGAAUGGCUGUAUGGGGCGAGCGAAAGCAGCAACAUGGAAGUGGAUAUAGGUUACCUACCUCAGAUGGAAUUAGAAUCUUCAGGGCCGUCCAUCCCGUCCGUGAUUCAUGACGAAAAUGGCAAUGUGAUGGACAGCCGAGACCCUGCGGGGGAGCCCAUUCAGUUUGUGUUUGAAGAGAUCAACUGGCAGCGUGAAAUAAGUUGGGAAGAGGCAGCCCAGAAACUGGAAGUUGCCAUGUACCCCUUUAAGAAGGUUUCGUACCUUCCCUUUACGCAGGCUUUUGACAGAGCGAAAGCUGAGAACAAACUGGUGCACUCCAUCCUGCUGUGGGGUGCCUUGGACGACCAGUCCUGCUGAGGUUCGGGGCGAACUCUCCGGGAGACCGUCCUGGAAAGUUCGCCCAUCCUUGCUCUGCUGAACGAGAGCUUCGUCAGUAGUUGGUCGCUGGUGAAGGAAUUAGAAGAGCUCCAGACUAAGAGGCAGAAUGAAUUUUACAGCAGACUGGCUGACCUGCAUCUAGAGAAAUAUAACUUCCCCGUGGAGAUGAUGAUCUGCCUUCCCAACGGAACAGUGAUUCACCAUAUCAAUGCCAACUAUUUCCUGGAUAUUACUUCUAUGAAGCCUGAAGAAGUCGAGAGCAGCAUCUUUAGCUUCUCAACCAAUUUUGAAGAUCCUUCCACUGCAACCUACCUCCAGUUCCUGAAGGAAGGACUGCAAAGAUCCAAACGGUUCCUGCAGACCUAAAAAAAAAAAAAAAGCUGCUUUGAAAACUGCACCUGAGAAUUUUCCAAGUGCAAAGAAUGAAGGAGAACUUGCCCAGACAAAAUGCUUUUCAUCCUUCGUCUCUAACCAUCCUGCGCAUAUAUAUGCAUUUACUUUAUACAAGUACUUGGUCACAAAACAAACAUGGUUUGAGAGUGGCGGUUAAAUUUAGUUAAGAUCAGAGAGAUGAAAUUUUAGAUCACAAAACGCUUCUGUUAUCAAUGAUACAAUAACUAUUGGAUUUUCCAUAAGAACAUAAGAGUGGCUAUACUGGGACAGAUCAAUGGUCCAUCUAGCCCACUAUCUUGUCUUCCAACAGUGGCUGAUGCCAGAUGCUUCGAAAGGAAUGAAAAAAACAUGCAAAUUAUCAAGUGAGCCAUCUCCUGUUGUCCAAAGCGGCAUCUGGUAGUCAGAGGCUUACGGACACCCAAAGCAUGGGGUUGCAUCCUUGACCAUCUUGGCUAAGAGCCAUUGAUGGACCUGUCCUCCAUGAACUUCUCUAAUUCGUUUUUGAACACUGUUAUAGUCUUGGCCUUCACAACGUCC